AUGAAUCAAUCACGAUUACCAUCAUUUCCAUUGUGUGAUGAUCAAAAAACAAUUCAUUUAUUAAAUAAUUUCAAUAAUCUACUCACUACUGAUCAACAAUACAUUGAACAACAUAUUGACGCAUUGAAUUUAUUUAAAAACAUUGAAUCUCAUUCAAAACCUUUAUAUCAUCCUAUUAAUGAUAACAACACUAUUGAUGUAUUGGUGGACACUGAUCACGGUAACUAUGGUUACGGUUGUGUAAAACAACAACAACAACAACCAUUGACAAUUGACAAAACAAAUUCACUAGAAUUAAAUAAACCCACAUUUAUGCUUUCACGUUUAUUGGAUAAAAUAGGUAAUAAUACAGAGAAUCAUGUUCACAUCACAGAACCGAUGACAAUGUCUACUACUAGUACAACUGUGAAUAAUACCAUGAAUACAUUGAUUUAA